AUGUGGAAGAAACAGAAUCAAGGACAAGGUAUAUUAUUACAGUAUGUGGAUGACAUUUUGAUAGCAGCAAAAAGCAAAGAAACAUGUUUUGAAAUGACCAUCAGUUUACUGAAUUUCCUGGGCCAAGGAGGAUACAGAGUUUCCAGAAACAAAGCCCAGAUAGGGAAAGCAGCAGUGAUUUAUUUGGGAUUUGAGAUAUCUCAAGGACAGAGACAAUUGGGAAAUGAAAGAAAAGAAGCCAUUUGUCAGAUCCCUGAACCUAACAGUCCAAAGGAAUUGAGAGCCUUUCUGGGAAUGAUUGGGUGGUGUCGACUCUGGAUUUUAAAUUAUGGACUGUAUGUGAAACCCCUAUAUGAAGCCUUAAAGGAAUCCAAAGACCGAUAUUUGAUUUGGACACCUGAGUGCCACAAAUCAGUGGCAGCGACAGUGCUGCUGAUUCAGGAAGCCCAAAAAUUAACCAUGGGCCAAAAGAUAGUGGUAUAUGUACCACACAUGGUUAUAACUGUCUUGGAACAAAAGGGGGGUCACUGGCUAUCCCCUAGCAGAAUGUUGAAGUACCAGGUUGUCCUAUUGGAACAAGAUGAUGUGGAAUUAAAAGCCACAGCAAUUGUAAAUCCGGCAAUGUUCCUAACAACAGAAAAUCCAACUGAAAAAUUGGAACACGAUUGCUUGGUAACUAUUGAACAAGUUUAUUCUAGCAGACCGGACCUGAAGGACGAACCUUUGAAGGAUCCUGAUCUGGAAUUGUUUACGGAUGGAAGCAGCUUUGUGCAAGAGGGAAGGCGAAUAGCCAGAUAUGCUGUUGUUACCAUCGACAAGGUAUUGGAGUCAGGGACACUACCUGCAAAUACAUCAGCGCAGAAAGCAGAAUUGGUGGCGCUGAAGCAGGCUUUACGGAUGGCAGAAGGGAAAAGGGUAAACAUUUGGACGGAUUCUAAAUAUGCAUUUGGUGUGAUCCACGCUCAUGGAGCCAUCUGGAAAGAAAGAGGACUGUUGUCAGCCCAGGGCUCACCAAUAAAAUAUAAGGAGGAAGUUCUUCAACUUUUGCAAGAUGUACAGAAACCAAAGGAAGUAGCUGUAAUGCAUUGCAAGGCUCAUCAAUUUGGUCAAACUGCUAUAAAUAUAGGUAAUCGACUGGCGGAUAAAGCUGCAAAAGAGGCUGCAGAACGAGGAAAGACCCUCGAAGCGCUUAGAAGAUAUAUUGUGCUGACCAGGCCGCUUGCUCUUGAUACGCCUGUACAUCCAUACCAGCCGGGUGACCUUGUAUAUAUAAGGACAUGGAAUUCUGAACCACUCCAGGAGAAGUGGAAGGGACCUUUCCAGGUACUGUUAACAACUUAUACCGCAAUCAAGGCAAAAGGAGUGGAGCCUUGGAUUCACUACACUCGAGUAAAGAAGGCACCGCCAGAUCAGUGGACAUGUACGCAAGAGGGACCUUUGAAACUUAGACUGUGUAAAAAUUCUAAGGAUCAAUUUCUUUAGCCUAUUAUCUAUUGAAUUAUGAAUAUUAUGAAUUGUUUGAUUAGACUGAUGACACUUUUUUGUAUUUCAUCACUAAUUUGUAGCCAAAGAAAUACAGAAUGGCCAUGGUCCCAAGCUGUUGUCCAAUAUA